AUGUCAAGAGAUCCCAGGACAGAGAAGACUAACGUCUUCGUGAUUUCUUGGAAUGAGUAUAUCUUGGAAGUUCAUAAAAUGGAAAGUAAGGCAAGACAAGUCAUAUCAAGGCAAGACAGGGCAAAGCAAGUAAAGUCAAAACAAGACGAGGCGAGGCAGUUCAAGACAAGUCAAGUCAUGUCAGUCGUCGUCAAGUCAUGUCAAGAUGUCAUCAUCAAAUCAAGUCAAGUCAUCUCAAGUCGUCAAAUCAAGUCGUCAAAGUCGUCCGUCAAAUCAAUGUCAAGUCAUGUCCAGCGAAGGUGUGACCUCUCUGAUGGUGACAUCCGCAGGUGUGACCUCUCUGAUGGUGACAUCCGCAGGUGUGACCUCUCUGAUCGUGACAUCUACAGGUGUGACCUCUCUGGUGGUGACCUCCACAGGUGUGACCUCUCUGGUGGUGACAUCCACAGGUGUGACCUCUCUGAUGGUGACAUCUACAGGUGUGACCUCUCUGAUGGUGACAUCUACAGGUGUGACCUCUCUGAUGGUGACAUCUACAGGUGUGACCUCUCUGGUGGUGACAUGUACAGGUGUGACCUCUCUGGUGGUGACAUCUACAGGUGUGACCUCUCUGGUGGUGACAUGUACAGGUGUGACCUCUCUGGUGGUGACAUCUACAGGUGUGACGGUGGUGACAUCUACAGGUGUGACCUCUCUGAUGGUGACAUCCGCAGGUGUGACCUCUCUGAUGGUGACCUCCGCAGGUGUGACCUCUCUGAUCGUGACAUCUACAGGUGUGACCUCUCUGGUGGUGACCCCACAGGUGUGACCUCUCUGGUGUGUGACCUCUCUGGUGGUGACAUCUACAGGUGUGACCUCUCUGAUGGUGACAUCCGCAGGUGUGACCUCUCUGAUGGUGACCUCCGCAGGUGUGACCUCUCUGAUGGUGACAUCUACAGGUGUGACCUCUCUGGUGGUGACUCCCGCAGGUGUGACCUCUCUGGUGGUGACAUCUACAGGUGUGACCUCUCUGAUGGUGACAUCUACAGGUGUGACAUGGUGACACAGGUGUGUGACCUCUCUGGUGGUGGCAGGUGUGACCUCUCUGGUGGUGACAUCUACAGGUGUGACCUCUCUGGUGGGUGGUACAGGUGUGACCUCUCUGGUGGUGACAUCUACAGGUGUGACCUCUCUGGUGGUGACAUGUACAGGUGUGACCUCUCUGGUGGUGACAUCUACAGGUGUGACCUCUCUGAUGGUGACAUCUACAGGUGUGACCUCUCUGGUGGUGACAUCUACAGGUGUGACCUCUCUGGUGGUGACAUCUGUGACCUCUCUGGUGGUGACAUCUACAGGUGUGACCUCUCUGAUGGUGACAUCUACAGGUGUGACCUCUCUGUGACAUGGUGUGACCUCUCUGAUGGUGACAUGUACAGCCUCUCUGGUGGUGACAGGUGUGACUCUCUGGUGGUGACAUCUACAGGCGUGACCUCUCUGAUGGUGACAUGCAGGUGUGACCUCUCUGGUGUGACAUCUACAGGUGUGACGUGUGACCUCUCUGGUGGUGACAUCUACAGGUGUGACCUCUCUGGUGGUGACAUCUGCAGGUGUGACCUCUCUGGUGGUGACAUCUACAGGUGUGACCUCUCUGAUGGAGACAUCCAGUGUGACCUCUCUGGUGGUGACAUCUACAGUGUGACCUCUCUGACUGGGUGUGACUCUCCCGCAGGUGUGACUUCUUUGAUAGUGACAUCUACAGGUGUGACCUCUCUGGUGGUGACCUCCCCAGGUGUGACUUCGCCAGGUGUGCCUCAGACCCGUCCCCGUUGUUUAUGCCUCGGGCGAUGUGAUGAACCAGAUUCUGCGCAGGACAACUCAAAAAGUUAUGAACAGAUUUUUAUGAAUAUUUUACCCGAAGUGUAUCGUAGUCAACUUAGAUUUCUGCCCCCAGCGACCCCAUUGCCCUGGCGGAG